AUGGCACGUGGUCUGUUGCUCGCUGGACUGCUGCUGGUGCUACUGGCAGCCUCUGGAGGUCACCGGAGCCCUUCAAAAGCCGCGAGCCGGGGAAACCACUACAAGCCCGCGUUGAAAACCAAACCUGGCGGCCUACGGACACCAAAGCUGGUGAACAGCAGGGCGGCAAAACAGGCCAGACUUAGCGAUCCAGAACUUGUGACAGUCAAAUCGACGAACGAGGUCACAUUCGACUUCGAUGAUGAUGAGCUGGAACAACAACUACUGGACAACGGUGGCUACAUCCCCAAAUCUGCUGAGCCGUUCCAAGUAAUAGAGGACGUCAGUAGCCGCAAUCGCCUGUUCGUGACCACGCCAAUGAUGAGGAGUGGUAUCCCUGCUUCCCUUAGCACAAUUCAAUACGACGGGCCCUCUGGCUUGUCUCUCAAGCCUUACCCAAGCCUGGACAGGCACCGCACUACAGAGGAAACCAUCACAGACUGCACGGAACAGCUCGUGUCCGUCUCUCCAAUCACGAAAUCUUGGACGGACGAUGACACACUUUACGCUCUCGACACCGGUGUGCUCGACAUAACGACCAGCCCGCAACAAGUGUGUCCGCCGAAGAUCGUCACCUUCGAUCUCCGCACUGAUGAGAUCGUAAACGUUACACUAAUUGACACUACAGCCUGCAUCUCAUUGUACGUCACGUUGUGGGUGGAGCCUUGCCCAACUGGUGGCGCGGUAGCCUACAGCACGGACUCGUUUAACUACCGGCUGACGGUGACAGACCUCACUAGUGGGGCCUCUAAACACCUGCAGAGUGAGCACUACUCCACCAGGCGUCGCUCCCUCACUAGGGCGGGUGGAUCCUGCGCGUACCCGCCGUUUGGUCUUGCUGGUAUUGCGGCGGACAACAGCUGCGAUGGCAAGAUGUACAUGCAGUCCUUCGCCAGCAACAUCCAAGAUGUACUCGAUAAGAAGGCCAUACGCGAUGCCAAAGACGGUCAAGUUAUGGACGAAAACAUGCAGAUGGCACUACCAGGAGAGCUGUCGGGAAUGAGCGGCCCACUGGUGAUAGAUCCCAAGGGCGAGCUGCUGUUCUUCCCCAUACAAGACGACUCUGCCAUCUACUGCUGGAACACCAGCAAGCCGCACGACCCUCAGAAUUUCCGUUUGCUCAUUCAAGAUAAACGCCGCAUGAAGUAUGUCUCCAGCAUGCAGAUAGACCCUACGAGUGGACGACUAUGGAUCCUGACCAACCGUUUUCCUUCGUUUGCAACGAAUACCGUCGACUAUUCAGAUGUUAUUUACUACAUUAUGUACAUUAGCAUAAAAGGAAUAGGAUGUUAG